UGGCGUGAAAACUAUAAUAUUAAAGGCUUAAAUCCAAAUAAAAAAAAAAUAUGUAAAUAAGGGAGAGUCCUGCCUAGAUCGAAGACGGAGGCAGACUGAUCUUGCAUUAUUGAAUGUUUAUUAAAAAGAUAUCAACUUUUAAGGUUUAUGUCCAGAUUUGUGAAAAGGGUUAAAAAGUAAAAUAUUCAACCUUGGUCAUAAAAUCGCACUAUGAUGUCUACAUGGAAAACACAAUGGGUAAUGCCCAUGUAUGAACCUUGGCAAAUAUUCCCAUCACACCACCGGAGGAAACCGAUUGGCACAGAACAGAAUAAGUAACCCGUAUAUGAAGUGCGGUGAUUAGAUUACACCUGUGUGUCUGCCAUGUGCGGCAAUUUGAAUGGAGCUCGGCUAGGUCGGCAAAUGAUUUACGGUGACUCUUAGGUGAUAAGUGGCCAUUCGAAGAGCCAUAUAAGCUCACCGUCUACAGAGGAGAUUCAUAGUAAUCGCUGAAAAUCGAAGGCACUAUGAAGCUCGCUCUGUUCGCAAUCCUGAUGGUGGUGGUCCUGGGAGUGUCCCGGGCCACCGACUACUGCUCGUGGGACAUCUGCAACGGUGGCAGCCACAUCGCCUGCGGGCACAGCAACUGGUGGGACAGCGCCUGCCCCGGAGAUGCGCAGCUGAUCGACAUCAACGACGAUUAUAAGUGGGUCUUUGUCCACUCCCACAACGACAAGCGCAACUACAUCGCUGGCGGAUACGAUCCCAACCAUAAUGCCGCAUGCCGUAUGGCCACCAUGGAGUGGGAUGACGAGCUGGCCUACCUUGCCUCCCUCAACGUCCGCCAGUGCAACAUGGUGCACGACAGCUGCCACAACACCGACUCCUUCAAGUACUCCGGGCAGAACCUGGCGUGGCAGGCCUACUCCGGCGAUCUGCCCGACAUGGGCUACAUCCUCGAUAACAGCGUCCAGAUGUGGUUCGAUGAGGUCCACAACUCCAACAGUGGCAUAAUCUCCGGAGGCUACCCCGCUGGCUACAGUGGACCUGCUAUUGGUCACUUCACCGUGAUGAUGUCCGAGAGGAACACUCGUCUGGGCUGUGCCGCUGCCCGUUACAACCGCGACGGAUGGAACCAGGUCCUUGUGGCAUGCAACUACGCUACCACGAACAUGAUCGGCCGCGAGAUUUACUCGAGCUGCGACUACGGAUCCCAGGGCUGCAGUUCUGGAAGCAACGGCGAGUUCGGUAAUCUCUGCUCUAACUCCGAGUGGUAUGACGUCAACAGUUGGUAAACAUACCAGGAAAAAUAAUCCUCCAUAUUAGAGCCUCAAUAAUAAAAGCAUUUGGCAAAAAUUUCGUA